AUGAAAUUAGUGAGUGUAGCCCGCCGGCGAGGUCGAGACCUUAACUUGGCUCGGGUGUACCCGAGUCCCCGUCUCUGCGACAUAGCCGAGAGCUGGGCGAUGUCCCAGCGAGCGAGAGAUGCGGAAUUAGAAAAGCAAUGGCCCCCAUUCUCGUUGCUAGACAGUCCUAGUCGGGAAGAUUUCCUGGUGCGCCAUGUCUGUGAGCCCCAUGGAAUCGCUCGCACCAAUAUCAAGGACGCUUACCCGUUGCACGACAACCAAAAGAUCACGAUAGAGAACAAUAAGUGGGUAUUCGCGCACUUCAGAAUCGAUGAAUCAUUGGAUCUGGAUCACAUCAUCGACAGUUGGAUACAGGUUGUUCGCCAGCAUGAUAUUCUUCGGACCGUUCUUGUUUCCAACGGCCAAUCCUUCUUUGCUGCGGUGCUACAUUCUUUCGAUUGGAAGAUCGAACGACUCACCGGUGCCGGGGAAGCCGGAGUCAAAGAGAUUGUCAGAGAAGAUGGCACGACUCGUCCGCAGCCUGGGACUCCUCUCGGCAAAGUAAUGGUGAUUCAAGAUGUCGAGAGGCAAGUGGUAACUGUGGUUGUGAAGAUGAGCCACAUUAUCUGGGACGGGUAUUGCCUAGCUCUGUUCUGGGAGGAUUGGAAAUCUGCAUACGAAACGGGUAUCGUGCCUUUCCGUCUUCAGUUCCAGGACAUUUUAUGCUCUCGCAAAUUCAUUCAAGACCGCGACCAGUCAGUGCGCUAUUGGGAAAAUCUUCUCGCCGAUGCACUGAUUCUCGAUCUACCAAUUGACGCUUCUGGGUCCACGGGGCUCUCUGCCCAGCUCGAGCAACACAAGCUCGAAAGAACGCGGGAUGGGAUUGUUGCUCCCCCUGGAAUGAUCCUUGAUUCCCUUAUCAAGGCCGCUUGGGCGGUAACACUUGCCGUUAUUACUGGCCAGGCCGACAUAAUCUUCUUCCAGAUCUCGAGUGGUCGGCGUUUAGGUGGAGCGAAAAUGGAGAAUGCAGCUGGGCCGUUGUUGGGGAUUUUCCCACUCCGAGUAACACUGAACUCCGAAUGGCGAGCAGAUGAACUGUGCCGAUUCCUUCAGGACCAGGAUACGCACAGCAUUCCACAUGAGAUUAUUGAUGUUGACGAACUUUGGGAAAUGACGGACUGGGAGGAUGAUGCGCCGUUUUCCAUGGUGGAUCACGUCAAGGGUGGGAUAGAGUCAUACCUGACUUUGGACGGUGUUGACUUUGGACGGUGUUUCUCGGGGACCGGAAACUAUCUACGAGGGUGA